AUGACAAAAACAGGUGAUUACUUAUCAUCUCCAUUCAGUGUUUUCCUACUACUUGCAACACUUUUGGGUUCUGGAGGAGUCAAAGGUAAUACAAAAGUGCAGAUAGCUGAAGCUUUGGAAAUCUAUGAUUGUACAGGGAAACAAGAAAUCAUUUCUCAGUUGUUUACACCAUUAUAUCAUAAUUUGACAGCAGAGCAAGUAGAUGGCAAAAAAAUGAUCACUAUUGGAAAUGGAAUGUUCAUAAGAAAUGGGGCUAAAAUCAAGUCUGAUUUUUCAAGGAAAAUGACAAAGAAAUUCUUCACUGAUGUCUGUAACGUGGAUUUCUCUGACCAGAGAGAUACUACACGAAAGAUCAAUGGAUGGGUCAGCAAUAAAACAAAUGAAAUGAUACCGGAGCUCUUGAAACAGCCACUGAAAAAGGAUACCUAUUUAGCGCUGAUCAAUACACUGUACUUCAAAGGCAAGUGGCAGAAACCUUUUCCUAAGUAUUCCACAUCGGAAAAUACUUUCAAACCACUUAAUCAACCCGUUAUAAAAAUACCAAUGAUGCAAACCACUGAUAGAAUCGAUUAUGGAAAAUUCUCAAAUUUCAAAGUUCAUGUCAUCAGCAAAGAGUUUUCGAAUCCACGAUUCACAUUUGUUGUGAUCUUACCAAUUGAAUCUGGAAAACUUCAAUAUCCUGAAAGAUUUCUACGUGGUGAAGUUCAACUACCAAAUUUGAUGAAGAAACUUCAUCCUACUCAAGUUUAUUUGAAAUUACCAAGAUUUAGAAUGGAUUCAUCAUUUGAUCUAAUUGAAACAUUAGGAAUGUUGGGUAUAACUGAUUUAUUCGACUCAGUUCUUGCAGAUAUGAAAGAUACUUUCAUAUUCUCGUUGAUAUCAUCAAUUGAUAGAACAUAUCUGUUGAUGGCGAAAAUUGGUCAAGGUAUACAAAUUCCAGUUUCAUGGGUUCUUCAAAAGGAUGGCAAAUAUCCAGUGAAUGCGAUUAGUGCAGACGAAGGUGUUUACAUUGGUCGAUGUAAACAUCGAAACGAAUUUAUUCCUGGAAAAUUUUUAUCUGGAAAUGGUAAAUGUUACUGCCCAUAUGAUGGGGAUGAAUUGGAGUUCACAGAAUACGAAUUGUUAUGUGACACAUCAGUUGAUAAAUACACCAAAGGAUACGAAUGGGUUAAAGCUAAAGAUGGUCACUAUCCAAAAUAUGCCAUUGUAGCUGGAAUAGCAGCCGAUGGGAAACCACUUUUAAUAGCACGAGGAAGAGUUGAAGGAGAUAUAUGUGUUGGGAAAGUACAUGAAGGUCACAAGUGCGCAUAUAUGCCAUGGGGUGGAGCAGAGAAACCAAUAACAGAAUAUGAAGUACUUGUGUGGAAGAAAUAA